GCUUGGAAUGUGGUCGUAAUCCAGACGAUGUCACGAUGAUAAACAAUCACGUGAAACCAUGAUUAGUCAAGGAGUCUCACCGCCUUCGUCGAAAGCGUUCAAGAAAAGCUCCCAGUCGCCAGUCGCGUCGAGACUGCAUUGCCCUUCGUCGCCGUCUUUUCUUCGUUGUUGUCUUUUCUUCGUUGUUGUCAAUUGGGAAAGCCGAAGCUCUUAUAAAUUGACUUGAUACUCCCAAAUCAAAAUGACACUCAUCAACGAGUCGCACGAUUCCCUUCCUUACAUCGACUAUGAGCCUUCUGCGCAUGCCCGAGCAAACGCAGAGAAGCUCAUCUCCGCAGAACUCUCGCCAGAUCAUGCGUCAUCUCUCCACUCCUCCAUUCCCGCUUUCCCCGAACCCCAAUUUUCCCCUCUAAUGCAACAAGAGCUGGAGCGCAAGGCAGCCGGAUUACCACUCACUGGGGGUAUCGACCUAUCGCGUUACGAGGCUCCUGAGCCGCCCGCCCGAAAGACUGAUGCGGAGGGAAAUUCUACCCCGGACCUCGAUGAAUGGCGCCGGACAUUACAGAAGGCCUACACAGCCAGUUCACAUCUGUCUAUGAGACACGAGAACUUGGCCCUUCUUGAGGAAAAUGGCAAGAAUGCAUGGUUGAUAGGUAACUCACAGUUGGAGGAUAUCCUGCGUGGCAUUGAGAAAGAAUUGGCAGAGACCAAGGAAGCUGCGGAGACUGUCAAUAAACAGAGAAAGAUCGCGCAGGAAUCCAGUAAAGGGGAGCUGAUUGGUCUGGAGGAAUCCUGGAAGCGUGGAGUUGGAGCUAUUCUCGAUGUGGAGUUGGCUUCUGAGGGUCUGCGGAUGCAAAUUCUGGAGCAGCGACUGCGGAGUUGACAAGAUAUCUGCCGUCAAGAAUGGCAAAUACUCUCUGCCCCGUAACAUGUUCUUUUCUUAUCUGCGGGCAAGGUGCCGUGUCGUUGGAUGGAUGUCACCUGGUCGCUUUUCUUUGUACUGUUGUGGCACAGCA